GAGCAGACGGCGAGGAAGAGGGAGGAUGACAGCGAUUCCGGAGCACCCGCGUGGAGUUGUGCCGCAGGGCAAUGCGCUUGUGCCUGGAGCAGCGGCGAGCAUUCGGGCGAGCGGCCUCGGCGCGUUUGCGGUUUUCAGCGACAGCGAUUUGCUCGAUUUGUUGAAGCGAUUGGGAGUGUGGGCAGUUGGCAAACUGGCGCAGUGUUCUCGGGCUAUGUAUACGUAUGCCAAUGAGGAAGAGAUCUGGCGGGCGGUGGUGCUGGCGGACGAUGGACUCUGUGGCUUUGGCUUUGUCGACUCGUGGCGGACAACCUGGCUGACCAUGCACGCGUCGGAGAAGAUCUCCGCCGAGUACAUGGCCGAGAUGAUGGCGGGGCGAGGGCUGAAGGCCGGGCCGUGGCGCGGGCUGUACUCGGACUACCUUGCGCAGGGCUGGGACGAGACCAUCGAACGGAUCAAGGCGAGCGAGGUGUCUGUGGAGGAGUUUGUUGCGCGGUACGACCGGGAGAACGUGCCUGUGGUGAUCGAGGGCGCGAUAGAGCACUGGCCGGCAGUGGCAGAGCGCCUGUGGUCUAAGGAUGCGCUGGUGGAGCGGCACGGGGCGACGCGGUUUGCCUGUGGGCUGGCGGACCUCACGCUCGGCGAGUACUUUCAGUACUCGGCAGCGACGCGCGAGGAGGUGCCGAUCUACCUCUUUGACAAGGCGUUUGGCGAGAAGGAGCCCGGGCUAGUGGACGAGUACGAAGUGCCCGAGUACUUUGGGCGUGAGGACUUUUUCGCAGAGCUGGCGGCCGACGUGCGGCCGCGGUUCCGCUGGUUCCUCAUCGGGCCGGCGCGGUCGGGCUCGACGUUUCACAAGGACCCCAACUACACGUCUGCGUGGAACGGGCUUGUGAGCGGGAAGAAGAAGUGGGUCCUCUUCCCGCCGCACUACACCCCGCCUGGGGUCUUUCCAUCGGGCGAUGGAUGGGACGUGACCGCUCCGCUCUCGCUUGCUUCGUGGUUCCUCAACUUUUACGCCGACUCGCGGUCGCCCGAUGCGCCGGUCCAGCCUGUGCUCGCAGUGCAGAAGCCCGGCGAUGUGCUGUUCAUCCCUGCGCAGUGGUGGCACACGGCGCUUAACCUGGAAGAGUCGAUUGCGGUGACGCAGAACUACGUCUCGCAGUCAAACUUGCCCGAGGUUGUCGACUUUGUCUCGCGCAAGGCUGACACGUCGCUGUACGAUGCGCUCCGGGCGUCGCUCGACGCCAACCAUCCUGGGCUUGUGGAGAAGAUCCGGGCGGAGCGGGAGGCGAGCGGAUGGAGCAAGAAGCACUUUUUCCCCAUGCCCAAGGACGUGUCGCCGGCUGCGACGGCGGCUGCGGCUGCGGCGGCUGCGAGCAACGGCGGCGGUUCGUGGUGGAACGGGGUGACGGCGGCUGCGGCGAGCAACGCCGAGGCCGGCUCGUCGUUUGGCUUUACGUUUGGGUGA